AAAGUAAAUUCACUCUUCCCGGACAAUAAACCGCAUCGUCUGCGUGUCAUCAGGCGCCAGACAAUGAUGGAUAGCGUGGGAAAACCAAUCUGAAAUGGCGCGCUCACCCUGUGAUUUCCUAGUAUCUGGUACCAUCUCGACCACCACACACUAACAGCUGCGACUUCGCUCCAAUUUCCAGCUACCGAUCAUUUUUACUAUGUAUCCUAACGUAUGCAUUCCAUUGUCGUGGUCAUCACGUGCGUCCAGGUUCGUACUGUGCGUGUGUAGACGGUGUGGACAAACAUUACUGUUCGGUCGCUGCUAUUGAAUGGAAUAGGCUCCCUAGUGCGCCGAAAUGAAUGUCUCAGUAAUUAAGCCAGACGCAUUGGUGUACCGAGCAACUCUUAAUCGUAAUAUAAUGGACCCAAACGUAUGCAGGGCUACAGGACCGUCACCCUGGCAGGGACCUGGCAUGCCGUCUAUGCAGUCAUCAUUCGUUGAGUCGCUGUCAUUCAGGCAUGUGACUGGGUUCCAACCGCUGCCUUUGAAAACAGCGGAAGUGCUCUCUUUUAGCGCUGCGGCCCUUAUAACUGCCUACAAGGAUGCUUAUAGACCACUCACAGCUCCAUGCCGGAGUGUCACCCAGGCGAAUCCAAAAGAAUUGGUGUGCCAAAAGGAACGAUAUCAUGAUAUAGUGAUCAAACGUAAUUUGUACCUUGAAACCGACACCAUCCGAUUCGACAAAUGGGGCGGUACGUUUGACAUCACUGUCAAAGUAGCGUACGACUCGGAUUGCACUAUGUCGACAAAGAUGUGUUGGUCUUUCCAAAACCAUAACUUCACGGGCGGCUACGUCAUCUUCGACGUCCACUUUCACUACCUGUGUUCAGCACCACCAGCAUUCGUAGAUUCCAAGGGUGACUUCGGCGUUGUGAAGCGGGCAAAAGUUAAUAUGAACAAGAACUACCAGGGGAUAAAGUGCGGGGACUCGUGCUCAUAACCUCAUGUGAAGAAUGUGAUUACCGUUUGGAUGCGGAGUAUUGUUUACAUGGCCGUGAAGCAAUCUGAUGUGAUAUGAUGCAAUAUAUGAUGUUCCAUCCAUGA